UUCAAACAGAAGAGCUGCGUAAGAAGCGACAUACAGAGAGCCACAGAGAGCCACAGAGAGCCACAGAGAGCCACAGAGAGCCACAGAGAGCCACAGAGAGCCACAGAGAGCCACAGAGAGCCACAGCAAACUACAGAGAACUACAGAGAGCCACAGCGAACUACAGAGAGCACGAGACUCUACAGAGAUACAGAGCAGUGAAAGAAGAACACUGGGACUACAGACUUAUUCAUAACUUUCAUCUCUUUGAUUGAACUGAGACCAAUACAGAACCAAGAUGUCUGCAAAAGGAGUGGCUGUUGGCAUUGACCUGGGCACCACAUACUCAUGUGUGGGAGUCUUCCAGCAUGGAAAGGUGGAAAUCAUCGCCAAUGACCAGGGCAACAGGACCACCCCCAGCUAUGUGGCCUUCACCGACACUGAGCGCCUCAUCGGUGAUGCUGCCAAGAACCAGGUGGCCCUCAACCCCAACAACACAGUGUUUGACGCCAAGAGGCUGAUCGGCCGCAGGUUCGAUGACACCACCGUGCAGGCCGACAUGAAGCACUGGCCCUUCAAUGUGGUGAGUGACGGAGGCAAGCCCAAAAUCAGAGUGGAGUACAAGGGAGAAGACAAGACCUUCAGCCCUGAGGAGAUCUCCUCCAUGGUUCUGGUGAAGAUGAAGGAAGUGGCAGAGGCCUACUUAGGCCAGAAAGUGUCCAACGCAGUAAUCACAGUCCCGGCCUACUUCAACGACUCUCAGAGACAAGCCACUAAAGACGCAGGUGUGAUCGCUGGCCUCAAUGUCCUGAGAAUCAUCAACGAGCCCACAGCCGCCGCCAUUGCCUAUGGCCUGGACAAAGGCCGCUCCGGGGAGCGUAACGUCCUCAUCUUUGACUUGGGAGGAGGCACCUUUGACGUAUCCAUCCUCAGCAUCGAUGACGGUGUCUUUGAGGUCAAGGCCACGGCCGGAGACACACAUCUGGGAGGAGAGGACUUUGACAACUGCAUGGUCAACCACUUUGUGGAGGAGUUCAAGAGGAAACACAAGAAGGACAUUAGCCAGAACAAGAGAGCCCUGAGGAGGCUGCGCACAGCCUGCGAGAGGGCCAAGAGGACCCUGUCCUCCAGCUCUCAGGCCAGCAUCGAGAUCGACUCUCUGUUUGAGGGACAAGACUUCUACACCUCUAUCACCAGAGCACGCUUUGAGGAGCUGUGCUCAGACCUGUUCAGGGGAACACUGGAGCCUGUGGAGAAGGCCCUGAGGGAUGCCAAGAUGGACAAAGGACAGAUCCAUGACGUUGUCCUAGUGGGAGGCUCCACCAGGAUCCCUAAAGUCCAGAAACUCCUGCAGGACUUCUUCAACGGCCGUGACCUGAACAAGAGCAUCAACCCAGACGAAGCGGUGGCAUAUGGUGCGGCUGUCCAGGCUGCCAUUCUCUCCGGGGACACCUCUGAGAAGGUUCAGGACCUGCUGCUUCUGGAUGUGGCUUCUCUGUCCCUCGGCAUCGAGACAGCCGGAGGAGUCAUGACCGCUCUCAUCAAACGCAACACCACCAUCCCUACCAAGCAGACUCAGACCUUCAGCACCUACUCUGACAACCAGCCCGGAGUCCUCAUCCAGGUGUACGAAGGGGAGCGUGCCAUGACUAAGGACAACAAUCUGCUGGGUCGCUUUGAGUUGACGGGCAUCCCCCCUGCCCCCCGAGGCGUCCCUCAAAUCGAAGUGACAUUUGACAUUGAUGCCAAUGGUAUCCUGAAUGUGUCGGCCGUGGACAAGAGCACCGGCAAAGAGAACAAGAUCACCAUCACAAACGACAAGGGCCGACUCAGCAAAGAGGAGAUUGAGAAGAUGGUGCAGGACGCUGAGAAGUUCAAAGCUGAGGAUGAAGUCCAGAGGAACAGGGUCAGUGCCAAGAACGCUCUAGAGGCCUAUGUGUUCACUGUGAAAAACAGCAUCCAGGAUGAGGCAGUGAGCAGCAAACUGAGCCAGGACGAUCGCAAGAAGCUGCUAGACAAGUGUGAUGAGACCAUGAGCUGGCUGGACAGUAACCAGCUGGCUGAGGUGGAGGAGUACCAGCACAAGCAGAAGGAGCUGGAGAAAGUGUGUAACCCCAUCAUCAGUAAGCUCUACCAAGGAGCCCCACCCACAAGCACCUGCAGAGAGGAGGCCCGCGGAGGCUCUCAGGGGCCCACCAUCGAAGAGGUGGACUAAAACAGCCAGACCUGAACUCUGGGACUGAAAUAUACUGUGGACUGUUAAAAGACAAGUUAUUACAAUGUACUGUAACUGUUUUGCUACUAAGUAGUAUGUUUUAAUAUUACCACAGUUGUAAAUAUUCCAUUUUCACUGGUUCACUUUAAUCAGUUAAUAGGGAAGAUCUCAGUUUUUCACAUUUUGGUGCAAGGUAAAUGUUUUUUAAUAAGAUGUUAUUCAUUGUAAGUAUUGCAAUGCUGGACUUUGCAAUAAACAUGAUAAA